GCGUCUCCGUCUGGCCGGGAUCUGGGCCUCGAGCCUCGCAGACCCCGCUCCGCCCGGAUAUGAACUUUGAGGACGUGGCCAUUGUCUUCUCCCGGGAGGAGUGGGGGCUCCUUGAUGAGGCUCAGAGACUUCUGUACUGCGAUGUGAUGCUGGAAAUCUUUGCACUUGUAGCGUCCAUGGAUUGUCGGCAUAAAACAGAAGAUGAUGAGACUCCUUCUAAGCGGAUUGUAUCUGUAGGAGAGUCACAGGUCGGAACUUCUAAGACUACUCCAUCAAUCCAGAAGACCCAUCCCUGUGAGCGGUGUGUCUCAGUGUUGAAAGAUAUUUUGCACCUGACUGGUUUCCCAGCCACAAACCUUGAACAGAAAGCACGUGUGAGAGGCUUCUGUUUCAGUGCAAACUUGCACCAGCAGCAGGGGGAUGCCUGUGGACAGAAGCCCUGGAUAACAGAUAUGGACAGGGCCUCGUUUCUGACCAAAAGUACUUUCUAUGCAUCAGGAUAUGCACUUUGAGGACGUGGCCAUUGUCUUCUCCCGGGAGGAGUGGGGGCUCCUUGAUGAGGCUCAGAGACUUCUGUACUGCGAUGUGAUGCUGGAAAUCUUUGCACUUGUAGCGUCCGUGGGUAAGACCUU